UGAGACAACAUCCUUCAUAUUUCCCUGGCUUCUGUUGGCUGCCCUGGCCAUCGGGUCCCCUCCUCCUCUGACCUUGUGGUGAGUGCCCUUCAGGUCAACCAAAAGCGUCCCCUUCUACCAAGCCUUCCUCUUGGAUGAGCCCCCCACCCCUAAGCCUUUUGCAGGCUCCUAUUUCCCCAACUUUCUGGCUCGCCCUGCCCAGAUUUACCUCCCAGACUUUGCCCAUAGGAAUCCAGCAGACCUGAUUUCAGCUUUUUGAUCACGACGCAGGGUUCCCUCUCCCUGUUCCCGCCUCUUGUUAAGAGUUUCAGAUCCUCCUUCACACCUAAUCCCCUUUUAGGAUCUCUGAGUCCUGCCUUCAUAUGCCCAGGACCCCAACGUGGACACAGCCACCAAAGCUCUUUCCUGUUCCCCCUUAACGGAACCCAUGGCUCUUGGGCUCCUUCCCAUCAGGUCUCAAGCUCGUGACUUCCUGUCUCCACUUUCCCUUUAGUGACUCCAAGCCCAGGCACUAUCAGAGCUCCCCUCCCCAGCUCCUGGUCAGACCUUGUGACUCAGAGUUACUGCUUUCCCAGGUUCAGUUGUCCCCUUGGAGCACUUCUGUCACUUUAAUAUUCCUGACCCCCUUGCCAUGACUUAUAUUGUUCUGUCUUACCUCCUAGGCUCUACCCCUGUUCCUCACUCCUACUUCCCGGCCCCUCUUCCUUCAGACCCUCAGGCUCAAUCCCAGACUGGGUUUUGUCUUUUUUUAGAUUUCCUUGGUCAUUCCUGGUGGCUCCAAGUCAGAGCUCUCCCUAUCACCCACCUUCCCUGGCUUUCCUCCCCUUAAAUCAAACAGUGAGUCUGUUGUCUAGAAUUAUAUAUGUUAGCUGGGGAGAGAGAAAUGAGGGAGGGCAGAGAACCAGUUGGAGGGAGAACUCUGACUCGGAACCAUUGAAGCUCUCACUUGUCUCCUACUUGAGUCCCAAGUCCCUUGUUCUGUGUGGGAGGAUGGGGAGUAAGAGGGAGGGGAUGGGUUUUCCUGUUCAGACCACCUUCAUUUUCAAUCCUGACCCUCCCUGCUGCCUUCAUCCUUCUUAGAGUGGGGUUAGGAUUAGGGUUCACCUUCUGUAAGCCUGCUUCUUGCUUAUGGAAAUUCCACCCCCUUCUGAGAUGGUUCUCCCUCUCCAGCUCAGUCUUCUGGGGAACCAGGCUUGGCCCAAGCAAGUAUUGGGACAAAUGUAGACUCCAAACUGAGGAACAGUUGAAUGAUUUUAUCAUUUUACCCAGAGGAAGAUGAGCACAAAGGCACUUGGCCUGAGACAAAGGGGAAGAUAGAGGUAAUGAGGGAGGGACUGUCCUGGGGGCUUAGGAUUUUAUCUUGGCUAUCAGAAAGGCUUAGAAUUAAAGCCCCCACAUGGUUAGGUGUGACCACUGUUAAUAAGAGCUUUGGCUUUUGCUUUGUGAGGCCAAAAAGGGUGGAGGAAGCCUAAUCCUGAGAUUUAAAGAUCCAGACCAGGAGGAAUUUGAAUUUGACUUUGGCUGCUUUGCUACCUCCACAGGGAACCUGGAGCCAGAGGGAAUGGGCCCUGGAAGCCUCAGACUUCCUCCUCAGGUUUUGGUGAGAUUCAAGGAUGUGGCUGUGGACUUUACUCAGGAGGAAUGGGGCCUCUUAGAACCUCCUCAGAAGGACUUGUACAAAGGGGUCAUGUUGGAGAAUGCCCAAAAUCUUCUCUCCCUGGGACUUCCAGUUCCCAGAGAAGAUGUGAUCUCUUAUUUUGAACAAAGGGAAGUACCAUGGAUGCUGGACCAAGAAGGCCUGAGGAGCAGCUCUCUAGAAAGAGAUAUUAUACUUGACAUGAAGGAAACAACAGCAGAGCAAAGCCUUUCUGUGGGAGAAACUCACAAACCAAGAGUCAUCAGUGAUGGUCCUGGUAACGUCACUUGGAAAGAGACCUGUGAUACACAUGAGAAAAUCCACAUUGGAGAGAAAUCUUCUAAACAUAACCAAAAGAAUUUCACAGAAAGGAGAGCUCUUACUACACAGAGCAGAAUUGACACUGGAGAGAAAUCUUAUGAAUGUAACCAGUGUGGAAAGACUUUUGCAAAAAGGGGAAGACUUAGUAUACAUCAGAGAAUCCAUACCGGAGAGAAACCUUAUAAAUGUACCCAAUGUGGAAAGGCUUUUACAUGGAAGGGUAAAUUGAUUGGACAUCAGAGAAUCCACACUGGAGAGAAACCAUAUAAAUGUAACCAAUGUGGAAAGGAUUAUAGAGAAAAGGGAGCUCUUAUUGUACAUCAGAGAAUCCACACUGGAGAGAAACCUUAUGAAUGUAACCAAUGUGGAAAAGCUUUUACAAAAAGGGAAUCUCUUACUGUGCAUCAACGAAUCCACACUGGAGAGAAACCUUAUAAAUGUAACCAAUGUGGAAAGGCUUUUACACGGAGGGGUAAAUUGAUUGGACAUCAGAGAAUCCACACUGGAGAGAAACCAUAUAAAUGUAACCAAUGUGGAAAGGAUUAUAGAGAAAAGGGUGCUCUUAUUGUACAUCGGAGAAUUCAUACUGGAGAGAAACCUUAUGAGUGUAGCCAGUGUGGAAAGGCUUUUAGGCAAAAGGGAGCUCUUAUUGUACAUCAGAGAAUCCACACUGGAGAGAAACCUUAUAAAUGUAACAAAUGUGAAAAGGCUUUUACAGAAAGGGAAUCUCUUACGGUACAUCAGAGAAUCCACACUGGAGAAAAACCUUAUGAAUGUAAUCAGUGUGGAAAGGCUUUUACAAAAAGGGAAUCUCUUACUGUACAUCAGAGAAUUCACACUGGAGAAAAACCUUAUGAAUGUAACCACUGUGGAAAGGCUUUUUCAAAAAGGGAAUCUCUUACUGUACAUAGAAGAAUCCACACUGGAGAGAAACCUUAUAAAUGUAAUCAAUGUGGAAAGGCUUUUACACAAAGAGGAGCUCUUACUGGACAUCAGAGAAUCCAUACUGGAGAGAAACCUUAUAAAUGUAACCAAUGUGGAAAGACUUUCAAAUAUAAGAGUAAUCUUCCUCUACAUCAGAGAAUCCACACUGGAGAGAAACCUUAUGAAUGUAACCAGUGUGGAAAGGCUUUUAGGCAAAAAGGAGCUCUUAUUGUACAUCAGAGAAUCCACACUGGAGAGAAACCUUAUAAAUGUAACGAAUGUGGAAAGGCUUUUAGAGAAAGGAGAGCUCUUACUGGGCAUCAGAGAAUCCACACUGGAGAAAAACCUUAUGAAUGUAACCAAUGUGAAAAGACAUUUACAAAAAUGGCAAGGCUUAUUGUACAUCAGAGAAUCCAUACUGGAGAGAAACCUUAUGAAUGUAUCCAGUGUGGAAAGACUUUCAGAUAUAAGAGAGUUCUUACUGCACAUCAGAGAAUCCACACUGGAGAGAAACUUUAUGAAUGUAACCAGUGUGAAAAAACUUUUAUUUAUAAGUUUAAUCUUUCUAUGCAUCAGAGGAUCCACACUGGAGGAAAACCUUAUGAAUGUAACCAAUGUGGAAAGGCUUUUACAGAAAGGGAAUCUUUUACUGCACAUCAGAGAAUCCACACUGAAGAGAAGAAACCUUAUAAAUGUAACCAAUGUGGAAAGGCUUUUACAAAAAGGGAAGUUCUUACUGUCCAUCAAAGAAUCCACACUGGAGAGAAACCUUAUAAAUGUAACCAAUGUGGAAAGGCUUUUACAAAAAGGGAAGUUCUUACUGUCCAUCAAAGAAUUCACACUGGAGAGAAACCUUAUAAAUGUAACCAAUGUGGAAAGGAUUAUAGAGAAAAGGGAGCUCUUAUUGUACAUCAGAGAAUCCACACUGAAGAGAAACCUUAUGAAUGUAACCAGUGUGGAAAGACUUUUAGGCAAAAGGGAGCUCUUAUUGUUCAUCAGAGAAUCCACACUGGAGAAAAGCCUUAUGAAUGUAACCAGUGUGGAAAGGCUUUUAGACAAAAAGGAGCUCUUAAUGUACACCAGAGAAUCCACACUGGAGAAAAACCUUGUAAAGUAAUCACUGUGGAAAGGCUUUUACAUGGAGGAAUAAGUUGAUUGGACAUCCGAGAAUCCACACUGGAGGGAAACCUGAGUAUAACCAAUGUGGAAAGGCUUUUACAGAAAUGGAAUCUCUUACUGCACAUCAGAUAAUGCACACUGGAGAGAAAUCUUGCGAAUAUAACCAAUAUGGCAAGGAUUUUAUAUAAAAACCUGGUUAUUGCUAGACUUGUGAUGAAAUAGAAAGGCAUUGCAAUAAGGAGGAAAAUGAAUAAGGGAGAAAAUGAAGUGCUGCUAAUACCUUCCAUAAUUAGCCUUUUCUUGCUAUAACCCUAUAGGGAAGGUGAGGAAGGGAAAAUUAAAAGUAUCUACAGAUAUCAAUCAGCUUCUUGGGCAUACUGGAUUCUUCUUUUCCACCUGGUCACCUAAAGGUAUCCUAGUGGAAUGGAAAGAUCACUACAUUUGGAGACAAGAGGACAUGGGUUGAAAUUCUGGUUCUGUGUCUCUAUGGCCUUGGAAAAUUAAUUUUAAUGGUGCAUUCAGGCUAGGGUAUGGGUCUCUUUCAGCUCUAAAUUCUUUGAGAAGGCAAAGAGAUCUUUGAAGAUGAAUCCUACCUUUCAAUGACACAUAUUCCUUGGACCUCAGCUUUAGAUUAGGGCUAAGAAUUCAGGUGACUUCACUAAGCUUUAUGAGUAUUAUUGGCAGUUUGUCUACUCAGCAAGAUAUGGGAUAUUCUAAAACUAAAUCUUUGUUGAAUUAGGAAACUUGCACAUCAUUCCUAAAUCAAUGGCUCUUUUUCUGCAGCCAUUGGAAUAGAUUUCUUGUCAUAUUUGUUUACACAGAAAAUAUUUCUUUAAAAUGCUUUUAAGAAUGACUUUAGUCUUAAGUUUCAGCUUACAUUCAUCAAAUUGACAGUAAUUACCCCAAAAGUUGAAAUAGUUGGGGGGGGGGCUAUAGAAUCAUACAAGUAUGAAGUUGUGAAUUGGUCCAACUACAUAAUGUAGAUACAAAAAAGAAAAUAAAUGCUUUUUAGUUGGAGAGUGUCUAAACAAAUUGUGGCAGUGAACAUAUUGGAGUAUUGUGCCAAGAGAUAGAGUUGAUGGGAAGAAUUCAAAGAAGCAUGGGAAUAUGUGAAUGAAUGGAGAAACUAUAGACACAGUGACUCCUUCAAAUACUCAGCAAACCUGAACAGUGAUCUCUUCAAUUUGAAAUUCCUUGCCACCUUGUAGAUGAAUGAAUGUGUCCAUCCUGUGUAAUUCUUGCCUACGUUUCAAAGAAGUUCCCAGAGCAUCACUCCAAUAUGAUGGAGUCUUUCCUUAUUUUUUCUUACCAUCUCAAGGGCACUUGUGUAUUGUUUUGCUUUCCAUCCCUUAGCAUUCUUCCUUACCAUGUGACCAGCUUAUCUUGUACAAUUAUUAAAUGUGACACCAUGAAAUUUCAGAAAAUGCUUUGAUCAGCCAGUAUAUGCCUCUAGACCAAUGGAGAAAGGCAACUGCCAAUGGUGAUACCAAGUAGACAAUAAAUUAGCUUCUGCAAUCUUUUAAUUUUAUGAUCUGUGAUAACAAAGGGAAAACACAACUCUGGGAACAUACAAUCUGUUGUUCUCAGUAGGUUUAUAUAUUCAGUAGAAAUAGGGGCCAUCACCAGUCGUCUUGGUUGUCUUUGCCAUUGGGCUCAGAUGAUUCUGACAGUGAGGUUGAUGACUUUGCACAGAUCUGCCUCACUGAAAUCCAAGUCACUUGCAAAUCAAGACCUGACCUGCUGAUGGCAUCAGUGCUGUUGGAGAAAAAAGGACCAACAACAAGCUUCACAGAAACUCAUGAGUUCAAAAGUUCAAUGUUGCUUUCAGCUAAAUGCAAAAAUUCAGUUUUCUCCUCAGUUGCUUUUAAUUGUGGAAAAACUCUGAGCUAAGUUAAAUUUUCAUAAAACACUCCAAAUUCAAAAAGAAUUAUUCUCAUCAACCCCUGUAAAUCAUUUCAUGUUAAGAAAUGUAUUAUUUUCUAUAGGUUUAACUAUUCUGAUUCAGUUCUAAAACAUCCAUUGUUCUCUGUACCAGCAAAGAUGAUGCUAUUCCUGGAAAUAUUGUCCUGAGAUAUUUUUGUACAAAAAAGAAAA